AUGACGUCUCAGCAACCUAAUCAGUCAUCGGUGGACCUGUCUACUUUGCCCUCCUACUCGUCCAGCUGGACACACCCGCUGCGUUUGACCACCUGUUUAGCGGUGCAAUACUCUUCUCGACGUUUGACAGAACGACUCAAAGCUCUGGAAAGCGGGUCUACCAGUCAGGAUCGAGGUGGGUCAACAUCACAGGAUGAGGAUUUCUCGUUGGGCGUCAGUCUGGAGAACGACGUCAAAGAACUGAAUCUGGGAGAUGAUGCGGCAGAGAGCGGGCGCAUGACCAGCAAAGAGCAGAGCUGGGCUGCCGAGAGGAAGCGCCGCAGCAAACAAGUCUUGCGAGAGGAUUGGGAGGACUACUGUGCCAGGGUGAGUGUUGAAUGAGACGGACGCGCGUGCUUGAGCGUCCUCUACGAUGAGCUGGAGAAGCUGAAAUUCUAUCUUUCGUACGCUCAAAGUUCUUGACUGCGACCUGCCAGCACCUUGGCAUCUCAGAAGAGAUCUUGCCGCGUGAGUGUAGAUCUGAACGGAGCCACGCCUGUGCACAGGCUCAUCCCCAACAGCGUUGUCGUCUUUUCCUUCUCAGCUGGCGAUACGUAUCUCUCAGACAUUCUGGACGCCUCGAGGGGUCGACCAGUGAAGCUUGCCUCGGAUGCAUCAGGCGCUACAGAAGCAGAACCGCAAGCAGCAGAGCACGAAACUGGAAGCUCUCGCGAAUGGGCGACGAAGCACAACACCAAGUCACAGUCCACGUCUACCGAGCCGAGCGCCUCAGACACCGCAGAGCAGGUUCAGAAUGGCUCGACAAAGGCAGAUGGCGUGGACGAAGAGGCCGUUCGGGAAAUGGAAGAGGAAGCGACCACGACGAACGAGCAGCUGGCCGAAGUGUCCAAGCUGGUCUCUUCCGUACAGCGAGGUGAAGGAGCUUUGACGGAUAAAGCCGGGCAAGGCAAGGACGUCGAAGUUGUCCAUGAUCUGCUGCUCGUCGCGCUAGGUCUCGGACAGUACCGAGCCUCGGAUGGUGCCACAACUCUGUUCGAGAGCGAUAGUGUGUUUGAUCCUUUUGAGCCCAAUGCAGGCUCUGAAGCCAAAGACACGCACAGACCAGCAGGAGACAGACACGCUGAAGAAAAAGAGCAAUACGCUUCACAUGAUACCGAGAAGAGCAUACAUGCGCUGGCUACUGGAGAUUCUACGCCUUCACCACUACCAAUCCCAGAGGCGUCCGCACCUCAGCAAGACGCCACGAAUGUCGGCGCCAAAACCUGGAGCGCGAUCAGUGGCGGAGCAAAGACAGGUUGGCGAGGUGUUUCGGGCGCAGCCAGAGAUGGAGCCAGCUUUGUGUCCUCUGGAGCUAAAACCUUGAAAUCUAGCGCCGCUGACAAGGCGGAGGAGGCUCAAAUUGGGGAGAGAAAGUCUGCGAAAAAGACACCGACCAAGCCGAACGAUCCUUUCCGAUAUGAUGCAAGGGCCCGAGCGGUAAUUUGGGUUGCCGCGCUCUCUAUGGGUAUCGAGACACGGGAAAUCACCGGCGCAGAAAAGGUGAUGGCUCAGAGUGUAUACUUUAUCAUGGAGCAAGGUCGAUCGAGGGCUCAGAAGGAGGGCAAGAGCGAUCCUCUGGUCGAAGCCAACAUGCUGAAAGCUGCAAGUAGCUCUUCAACGAGCGACGAAGCUGCUAGCGCUCGGAAAGACUGGAUGAACAGAGCUUCAGAACAAGCCGUAACAAAGGAAAAGUCGAAGGCGAAUUGGGGAAAGUGGGCUGCCACUGGUGCUGGCUUCGCUAUAGGUGGUGUGGCUAUUGGACUGACGGGUGGACUCGCAGCUCCUUUUGUCCUUCCGGCUCUGGCAGGACUCACCGGCGUGGGCUUUCUCGCGACCACCGGUGGAGUAGUUAUGAUGGGGACGCUUUUGGGUGCGUUGACAUCUGAGAAUGCGGAUCAUGUCAUGGCUCAGAUUCGCUGAUGAAUUUCUACGCCUCAGGUCUUGGUGGGGGUGGACUCGCAGGAUAUCGCAUUACUCGGCGGUUGAGAGGAGUCUCAGACUUUGCCUUUUCCGAAAUCAGCUCAAACGCUGCGCGCGAAGCGGGCUUAGCAAUCCCUUCGCUCAACGCGACAAUCUGUGUCAGUGGUCUCAUCCUAGACGAGAGACAGCAGACGGGCAUUUGGGCCGACGCAUUGAGCGAACCGAAUACGCCCGAAGAAGUGGCGCCGCGAUCCGGCAAGGAUCAAGAGGCUGACGAUGAGGCGGCAAAUAGAAGGGUGAAGGGGUCCGAAGAUGCCGACAUCUUUGCAGUCGAGUGUGAGAAGCAGGCCAUGGCUGAAGCAGGGCGUGGCUUGAACACCUACACUCGAGACGCGCUCAUCAGGACUGGUGCGAGCCAAGGUGGUCAAGCUGUUCUGAAAACCACUGCUUUGGCUGGUCUGGCAGCCAUUACGUAAGUAGCUCUGGCACCUUUGUAAUCUCUCCUCUUGCUCACCAUCUUGUGUUAUGCAGCCUCCCACUUACGGUCUACUCGGCCGCUUCAGCUGCGCUGGACUCGUACUUUGUUCGCGCCAAAACCCGCUCUCACAAAGCUGGUUUGUUACUGGCCGACGUUCUCAAGGACAAGGUGCAGGGAGAAAGACCAGUCGUGUUGAUCGGCACUUCCUUGGGUUGCACCACCAUCUUGACCGCUUUGCUCGAGCUCGCUAAAGAACCCGACAAUGCCAAGCUCGUCAGCGAUGUCUUUCUCAUCGUGAGUUGACUUGGUGGCGUUCAGAGACCAGAGUGCGCUCAUGCCCGUUGCUGCACUUUCCCUCGUAGGGCGCACCCAUCACACCGUCGCUCUCGGAGCUCAAACAAGCCCGAAGCAUCGUCUCUCGUCGAUUUGUGAAUGCCUUUUCUUCUAAAGACAUGGUUAGUGCGCAUCUUCCUCAUCUUUGAGUGUCACGGGGCCGCUGAAUUUCGAGACUUGCACCCCGAUCAGGUCUGCUCUAUCGCUGCCUACCUCGGCUCUACGUUUAGCCUGGAGGACGUCAAGUCAGGUCGAAUUUUGCCACGCGUAUUGGGUUCCAGAGCUUGCCUUGGCGUGCCCGGACUCGAGAAUGUCGACAUUGCGGAUCUGGCACCUGGGCAUUACGACUUGCUCGCGCCUGGUGUCCUCGCUCAAAUACUGGAGCGGCUUGGGGCUCUGACGGACUGA